UGUCACAAGGAGGCUACGUGUAAUAACACAAACGGAUCAUACGUGUGCAUAUGCAAAUCUGGAUUUAUCGGAGAUGGGCAUAAUUGUACAGGUAACCUUCAUUAGUCUAAAAAGCCUUUAGAUUCUUGUUGAAUAAUGUAAUGAGAUUUUGUUUGGUUCGUUGUUUGUUGAUGUUUAUUUUGGUAACGUGGCAAGCCAUAUUUUAAUUGUUUAGAAUAGGUGAGACAGUUACCUGACUAAAAGUUAUUAAGAGAUAGGUUUUUUGCGUAGACAACUUUUUUUCAUCAGGUACGACAAUCUCGCGGUCUCGCAAUCCAGCAAAAGAUUGAAAACAGCCACAGCUUGCACUCUUUAAACACGGUAAUGGCUUAUGCACAACAGUUUUUGCAUAAUUUCGAAAUCCCAUGUUUUUUUUUUAUCUGUGAUUUCAUAGACAUUGACGAGUGUAAAGGAAACCACUCUUGUCACGAGAAUGCAAACUGCACCAACACCAAUGGAUCACAUUUAUGCGAUUGUCAGCCUGGAUAUAAUGGAAAUGGCCAAAAUUGCACAGGUAAAUUCGGAAUAGCAAGGAAAUGCGGUCAUGGAUGAUUUAUUUUAGUUCGUCCUUUCUUUUUUGGUAUAUAUAACGUGUUUUGUGCUCCCGUAGCAAAACAAGAGCAGUUUAAAGCGUAUGCUUUAGAUAACACAGAAAAGGCUUAUGCCACGGCAAUAUUUGCAUAAUUCUGAAAUCCCAUUUUUUCAUCUGUGGUUUCAUAGACAUUGACGAGUGUAAAGGAAACCACUCUUGUCAUGAGAAUGCAAACUGCACCAACACCAAUGGAUCGCACGUAUGCGAUUGUCAGCCUGGAUAUACUGGAAAUGGACAAAAUUGCACAGGUAAAUUCGGAAUAGCAAGGAAAUGCGGCCAUGGAUGAUUUAUUAUAGUUCGUUCUUUCUUUUUUUGUAUAUAUAACGUGUUUUGUGCUCCCGUAGCAAAACAAGAGCAGUUUAAAGCGUAUGCUUUAGAUAACACAGUAAAGGCUUAUGCCACGGCAAUAUUUGCAUAAUUCUGAAAUCCCAUUUUUUCAUCUGUGGUUUCAUAGACAUUGACGAGUGUAAAGGAAACCACUCUUGUCAUGAGAAUGCAAACUGCACCAACACCAAUGGAUCACACGUAUGCGAUUGUCAGCCUGGAUAUACUGGAAAUGGACAAAAUUGCACAGGUGAAUUCGGAUUAGCAAGGAAAUGCGACCAUGGAUGAUUUAUUAUAGUUCGUUCUUUCUUUUUUUGCAUAUAUAACGUGUUUUGUGCUCCCGUAGCAAAACAAGAGCAGUUUAUAGCGUAUGCUUUAGAUAGUCUUUGCCGUACCAAAGAUAAAAAUUGAAAAAUAGCGGUUUGAAUUGUAGGUCCAACCCGAGAAUCGCAUGAAACAAAAAAAUUGCAAACGUAUGACUUUUGAAUAAAACACAAAUCCCGUUUUUCAUUCUUUUCUCUUUGUUCUUUUUUUUUUUUGACAGAUAUUGACGUAUGCAAAACAUAUCCCCACAAAUGUAAUGUAAAUGCUCUUUGUAACAACACGCAAGGAUCACACGUUUGCACAUGCAAACCUGGAUAUACUGGGGAUGGACGCAACUGUACAGGUAUAGUCAGGAGCCUUCAUAUUCGUUUCUACUAUUAUAAUGAAUUUUUGCACGUUGUUGCCGAAGCGGUUAGAGCGCGAACGAAGUGUACAGAGAAACACUAGACGUAGUAGAGAAGUAUUUGCGUCUCUGCUCACGUUAUGAUAGUGUAAAUUACGGCGCUUGACAUGUUUUGAAACCUUUAUUUGGUUCUUCUAUGGCGUGACAGUUUUAGCUCAGCAUUAUGUUUUCAGUACUCCGAUAGAGCACGCUUUUUCGACCGAUGACAGCACGCGUUAUAUCCAAACUUGAUCAUAAUUGGUAUUGGAUUAUUUGUAUUACACCACCUUAAAUCAUGUUACGGACCCCUUCAUCGUUGAUGGUUUUUGUGUCUUUCUGCCUUUGGAUGGGCGUUGCAACAAUAAUAGACGACGGCGUGAAACAUUCUUUUGAGUGAUAUUCUUUGUAGCUUGAUUUUGACGUAAUGUGUAUGUUCUCUUUCAGACAUCGACGAAUGCAGUGAAGCUCAUGCCGUGAAAAUGAACAAAUGCCAUCCGAAUGCCUCUUGCACUAAUAUUCAGGGCUCAUACAACUGUUCCUGUAAUCCUAAAUAUAUCGGGAAUGGUUUAAACUGUGAAGGUACUUUUGGUAUCUACUACGCCAUUAAAUUAGUUAAGGUGGCUAUAGGUUAGACUCAAUCUGAAUCUUUCCUACUCAGGUGGCCAUUAACUUUUCGUAGUUAAUAAAUUUUAUUUACCAUAUCUUAUAUCCUAGCGUCAUGGUCUAAAAAUGUCCCACACAAGUAUUACUUCACCUCCUUUUUUAAUGUAGUUGUCAUUUCUAUGUCCUGUUGUAAUAAUUAUUUCACUUUGUAGCCGAUCCUUGUUAUCAUUAUAAAAACCUGAGUGAUGCCAAUAGAAAGGUAAGUUACAUAACACCUAGCAGUUCAGAGCUGUGUGACAACCAACUCCCUGAGGGAUGGUAUCGUUUUGUGGGAGCUUCAGGAACAAAAAUGCCAACAACGCGUGUGUCAGCAUUCAGAUGUGGUACAGUCAACUCAGGCUGGUUGAAUGGUGCUCAUCCUACAGUGGAAGAUGGUAAAGUUCACAGAAAAGUCUGCUUUAGUGAUCGCUCUGCUGGUUGCAGAUACUCAAAGGAGAUUUUUGUGAAAAACUGUGGAUCAUACUAUAUCUACAAACUUUUCAACCUUCAACGCUGUAGUGUGCGUUACUGUGGUACAGACUGA